UGAGCUUCCAAAUCCACCAGAAAUCUUUAGUACCUCUCUCUCUCUCUCUCAAGUGUGUGCGUAAAGAACACGGAGGAAGCUUUUUCUCCAUAAAUACAAUCAACAAAACCUUGAUAGCCCUCCUGUGUCUUGGACUCGAUGGGUUUUCCUCAAACUCCUGACCCACACCUUUCUCAGGCCGUUCAACUAAAACUUUAUCAGGCUUUCAUAUUCUCAAUUCCGAUCCUUUUUUCCAUUAUUCUCCUUCUGCUGUUUUACUUGUUCUACCUCAAGAGAAGGUCUUCCAGUCUCUCAUCUCCUCCACCAAUGCUUCCAACAAGUUCUAAUCCUGCUAGUUCUUUUGCCUCCCCUUGUCAAGUGGGUUUGAAGGGAAAUAUCAAGGAGAAGCUUUCACCAAUCUUAUUCGAGGAGGAAUUAAGGACUAGGGAAUCGCAAUGUUCUGUUUGCCUUGGAGAGUUCGAGAUCAAAGAAGAGUUGCUCCAAAUUCCACUAUGCAAGCAUGUGUUUCAUAUUGAAUGCAUCCAUCUCUGGCUGCACUCAAACUCAACUUGUCCACUUUGUAGAUGCUUGGUCAUCCCCACAAAACUUCACAAUCCUCCUGAUCCACCAAGUAUAUCGGAGCCCCUCCAGCAAGAUAGCACAACUUCUAACCACACCCCAUCGACUCAAUCAUCAGAACAGCAACAACAACAACAACAACAAGAAGACGGUGCUAUGUCAAACAUCCCUAAUUUAUCGAGAGAUCACAGUCUGAUAGCUAUUGAAUGAGGAUCAUCUAGCGUCUUGAUAGAUUCUGGCAGAUUACCUGACGUGACCAUUUGCAAGGAGAAUGGGAUAGUUCGUAAUCAAGAAUCGGUAUUGAUGUUUUGUUGCUUUUCCAACAUUUUUGAAGGCGGUUGAUGUUAGUGGUAGGAAGACAGAGUAAUGAUCGGAAUUGUUUGGGUAACCUCAUUAGAGGUUUGUGUAAUUUGCCUUUCCAUCUUAAGAGUUGAAAAAAGGCUGCCAGUGCCAUGUCACAGUUGUCUUGGACUCUUUUUGGUUGUAGGAACUUGAAUAAAUAAAAAAAGAUAGCAAAAUUAGAACAGGCAAA